CAAAUGGUGUGUGAUUUGCCCCUUCUGUGUUUUCCUUUCUGACUUGGAGGUCCCCCAGCCCUUCACUGUCCUGAAUAAUUUAUGAGUCCAAGCAGGCCUUAUAAAAGGGUCUCCAAGGAAAGGCCAGAAGAAUGCAGGAGGUUCUGAGAAAUAGGAGCCCCUGCAGCCUCCCUGGCUUCAACUUCCUGAGGAUGGACUCUUCUGUUCCUGCUGCUGCUGCCCCUGUCCCAGCCUUGGCCCUGGCCCUAGUUCCAGCCCUCCCACAGGCCCCCCAGGAACUCCUUGGCCUAUUGAGUCUAUCACCCUCUGGACAACAUGUAGGUGGCAGUGAAAGAAAACCUUACUUUUGGAGGCCCUGGCUGUCCUCUACAAAUGACCUGCCAAAGCAGGUGAGGAAACUCACAGACUCGGCUACUGGUGGGGCAACAGGAGCCGAAGUCACCAAGGCUAACUCCAAGUUCCAUCACCCUGUCAGGCUCUUCUGGCCUAAAUCCCACUCUUUUGACUACUUGUACAGUGAUGGGGAGAUUCUACUGCAGAACUUCCCCGUCCAGGCCACCAUCAACCUAUAUGAGGACUCAGACAGUGAAGAGGAGAAGGAGAAGAAGGAGGAUGAGGAACAGGAAGAGGAGGAAGAAGAGGAGGAGGAGGAGGAGGAGGACAAAGAAGAGGAGAAAAAAGAUAAGACAAAUGAGAAGGAACUGGAAGAGUGUGUGAGGGCACCACACAUGGCCAGAGCUCAUCUCCCCUCCCCACUCCUGACAUGCCCAAACUGAACCAGUCAGCAGCUGAUUGGGGUUCAGUAUGCUUUGCAAGCCUAUAGAGCAUCAGUUUGCCAGGAAUCUCCAGAUAUAGCCCUCUGGAUUGAAAGAUGGUUCCUUGAGUCACCAGGUCAUUCUGGUUAUAUUCAACUGACCUAUGAGCCUAGGCCUCGGGCACCUCAUUGUCUGUGUUGCUAUUGUGUUGAAUGAGAGGAUCCAAGGAGCUCUAGGGGAAGAUCUAUUUUCUGAAGCCCCCCUGGCAGCAGAUCAAGACAGCACAUGCCCAUGCAGAGAGGAACAAUUACACUUUGAGGGGGUGGUCUUUGACUCCUUAGCAUUCUAGCUGGCCACAGAUUCCUGUCUCCCCACAGAAAGCCUGAUAUCUGGCUUCACCUCCAGGGAUAUUAACAUCAGAUCCAAGCAAAGUUGAGGCACCUCUUUGAUGGGCCUUCCAGGAAAGGAAAGGGGCAUCUAGAAAAUCAGCUUGCUUUGGAGACCUCCAUUUUGCCAGCUAUCCAUUGGGGUUUGUGUGUUGGUAUGAAAUCAAUCAGGAGAAAAAUAAACUAGAUGAUGUGCACCCUU